CACUUCCACUUCGGAGAGAGAAGCAGGAACAGCAGAGGAACAGCAGAGGCGAGUUUCACCGAGUCUCACCGAGUCUACGCGCUUCUUUGGAUUUAUUACACAGCACUGAAAGUUACAGAUUUCACCUCUUUUGGGUUUAAUCAUAACGCGAUGUUUUCCACCAUCGGGACCGACUUGACUUACAGCAGCAUGGCGUCUCCUCUGGACACUGCCCAGGAUUUUACGGAUCUCGCCGUCUCCGGGUCGUCCUUCGUGCCCACCGUCACCGCCAUCUCCACGAGCCCGGACCUGCAGUGGAUGGUCCAGUCCGUGGUCUCGUCCGUGGCUCCGUCCGAGUCCAGGGUGCACCCCUACUCCUCCGGCAUGACCUUCUCCAGAGCUAAAAUGGUGAAGACUGUGAGCGGAAACAAGCACCAAGCUCCGAACGCCACCGGCCGCAGGGGCAAAUUCGAACAGCUUGCUCCAGAGGAGGAGGAAAAGAAGCGUCUCCGUCGGGAACGGAACAAGAUGGCAGCCGCUAAGUGCCGCAACAGGAGACGUGAGCUCACCGACACCCUGCAAGCCGAAACCGACCAGCUAGAGGAUGAGAAAUCAGCUCUGCAGAAUGACAUCGCCAAUCUCCUGAAGGAGAAAGAGCGUCUCGAGUUCAUCCUGGCGGCACACCGGCCCAUCUGCAAGAUCCCCUCACAGAUGGACGUGUCCUUCGCCGAACCCUGCGUCUCCCCGGCGUUGUCUGAAAGCACGGUGACCUCAGGACCUUGUACUCUGAUCACCACCAACACCACCUCCGUGAAGCUCUCUGACCUCGAGUCCACCCUGGAGGCCUCGCUCGACCUCCUCGUCAAAUCCGAAGCGGACACGGCGGCGCGCUCGGUGCCGGACAUCGACCUGUCCAGCUCUCUGUACGGCCCUCAGGACUGGGAGCCACUUCACACACCGGCCAACCUGGACAUGGAGCCUCUGUGCACGCCCGUGGUCACCUGCACACCCACCUGCACGUCCUACACGUCUUCCUUUCUCUUCUCAUACCCCGAGAAUGAUGCAUUCUCCAGCUGCGGACAGCUGCGCCGCCGCGACGGCAGCGGCAACGAGCAGUCGUCCGACUCGCUCAGCUCACCCACUCUGCUCACGCUCUGAGCGAGGGCGCCAAUACUUAACCUCCUCCUCCAUCAUCAACACUGACCUUAAGGACUUUAACAAUGCAGGGCUAAAGACUCCACUAAGCAAUCUUUAUUAUUAUACUUAAUGUUCUGUUGUUUGUUUUAAUAAUGUGUACAAAUGAGCCUCUUAAACAUGUAGCAUGUUUGUUUUUGUUGAAUUAUGCAGAUAUUGUGUAGAAAAUACAUACAUAGUUAUUAGAUAAAUAAAGCCUUUAUGGUGCUUAAAGGAAGUGUCUCAGCAAUAUUCAGGUGACUCGUGUGGAUAUUUCGUGCGUUCUCUUUAUCUAGCCGUCGCACUACGACGCUAACGUUACAUGAAGUUUUCUGUGAAAACAUCAUCUACAGAUCAAAGACGGAUUCUUUUUGUUCUUCUACUUAUUGUUAUUAUUUUUAUACUGGAAUGUGAAGCAAAAGCAAACUGAACCUCAUUGCAAAAUAACAACAAAUAAUAAAUAUUCAUUAUACAACA